AUGAGACUUUCCAUCCUGAUCUUCUGUCUCUUCCAUGGGACUUGUUGGACAUCAGAUCAUUACUGUGUUUACCAACCAAGAACCAUCCAUGUGAAGGAAGGAGAUUCAGUCAACAUCCCGUGUACAUACAUCUAUCCUGAGGAAAUCAAAGGGAAAUCACAGAUUAUUAUACAAUGGGUAAAGGGUUAUGGACCGUUCUGUGGUAGAACAAAGGAAUACAUUACAGAUAAUUCUGGGAAUAUUGUAGAUGAGUAUAAAGAGCGGAUCUGUAGAGUAACCCAUCCUGAUAACCGGACAGAGUCUCUCAUAAUCCGAAGACUGAAGUAUACAGAUGGAAACAUGUUCUGCUGUAAAGCAAAUAUAUAUAGAGAUGGAGAUGAACCAUUAACCUUGUCUGACAGAUAUGGGACAUCUCUCAUUUUUGAAGGUGUUAGAUUGGUGUCUCAAGUGGAGGAGUUGAUGGUCGUCCCAGGAGAAGAGAUGGUCAUCCCCUGUAACUACUCACAGGAGACCCUGGGGGAAGCCAAACAAGUCACAUGGUAUAGAGGAUGUGAUAAACUAUGUGACUAUAAUAAGAAAGAGAUUUACAGCUGGAACACAACACACCCCGGAGAUGUAUAUCCAUAUUCACUGGUGAACCCCCCUGAAGACGUCUCUCUGCGUAUACACAGUGUACAGGGUGAUAAAUACCCCCAAUAUUGUUGUCAUGUGACCACCAGUAAUGAAACAAUACGAAGCAGAUCCAGCACAGAACUGAUCAUCACAGAUUUAGACUUUACUUUGUCACCAACUCCUACCUGCUACACCACAAGUACCAUCACCUCCGCUGUACGCAUCGCUGGCUACAGCUCACCCAGCACACAGCAAACAGAGCGAGCCAUGGAUACCAAGAGCGCAUACUUAGAAGACACCCAGGACGUCAACAUCAGGACACAUCCCUGCUACACCGCUUACCCGACUCGUGCAGAUUCCGUGACUCGUCCCUGGAGAAAAGGACUGCUUGCCGGCAGUCCACAAGAAUAUCCUUGA